GAAAGUGCAUUGCCCUAGCAAAUUGAUAUAAAACAAAGGAGGCUUUCUUUUCAACAUCAUAAUCAUAUCAUCAUAAGUCGCUAACUUUUAAGUUUGUGGCCAAGAUGGCUUCGUAUCAGCUCUUGUCCAUGUUGUUGGCCCUUCACUUUGGCGUCGCACUUGCCGUGAACAACGAACCCAACCAUUUGGAAGAUGAAUGGGAUUUCAUUGAUAUGGACCCCGACUAUGAGGAAAAACCUAUUAAUCUUGAAACACUUCAACAAUAUGACAAUUUAGAUGAAGAUAUGUACAGAAGCAUGAUGCUCGAGAAUAGCUGGGAUCGCACUGACUAUGAGGCCUUAACUCCAGAAGAAAGAGCGGCCAAUUUAAAAGAAUCUGCCAAAGUGAUCAAAGCCCAGAACGAGGCGUUCAGAAGUAACCACUCGUCGUUUUUCUGCAAGCCCACUGCCCUGUCCAUUUUGAGCCAAGAAGCCAUGGCGAUCCGCAUGAAGAAUCAAUUGGGCCCAAACCCCGAAGACUCUGUUGAGCCAUUCUCAUAUUUUCUAACGAGUACCAAUCAACAAACGCCACACAAGGAUAUCCUUCAAAGGUCGGAGGAGCGCCUGGCAAAACUCAAAAAGAAAAGGGAAAAACCCCUUGCCGAGUUUCACACUCCCAGUCGCUUUUUGACUCCAGCAAAAAACCAAAGCGAUUGCGGGUCUUGCGCCAUUUUUGCCACAACGGCCGCGAUGGAAACUGGUUUCUUGUUGAAGAACAGGGAACUAACCACCGUGGAUUUGGCAGAAAAAACCCUCUUGAAUUGCCCCGUUGACGUCCCUGGAAUGAGAGGCUGCAAAGGCUGUGUUAGUAUAAGUUUACCCGUUGAAUAUCUGAUUAAUCACCGAGGAGGCAACCUUCCCCCUGAGGGCAUUGAUCCAUACAUAGGAAAGGAAAAUCCAGACCAAUGUCUCUCCGAGUAUUACAACGUCAAUGUGGGGGCCAAGGUCACUGAUUACUGCACAUACACCAAUGUCGGCGAGGAAAAUCUGAAAUAUUUGGUGGCCUCUCAUGGUGCAGUUAUUGUCGGGAUGACGUUUAUCAGUGAAGAAGCCCAAAACAAAUUUCAAAAUCAUGGAGGGGGUGUCUUUGAUACUUGUUUACAAAAAAGUGACUCAGUCAGGUCACGCCAUGCCGUGACCAUUGUUGGAUAUGGCGUUAGCAAUGAUGUGCCUUAUUGGUAUGUCAAAAACUCUUGGGGACCGAAAUGGGGGGAGGAGGAUGGCUACUUCAAAAUAAAGCGAGGCGAGAAUUGCAUGGCGAUCGAAAAUGUUGCAGUUGUGUUAGGAAUAGCAAAAGUGGACACCAACACUUUCAGCUCUCAAGGAACUUCCGAAACUGUCAAUGCUUUUCAUUCCGAAUUGUAAAUGGUUGGAAUAUGAAAAAGUAGCAAUGAAAACUGUCGCUUCCUGAGAAAAGAAGCAUUCUCCAUUCUCAGGCUAUCCAUCCCACAAUAUUUGUAUGGUCUGUUGUUGCAUCCAUUUUCAAUAAAGUUUCAUAAAGUGUU